AUGGACCUCCAAAGAACCAAAGAAGCCCGACGGGGCACUCCCGGGAAGCAGGAGGAAAGCACCGAGUGUCCCCUGGAACCAUAUGGAGGCAGCGGCCACUCGAAAGAUUCCCCUAAGAACGAUUCGUUAGAUCAUCGGGAUGCAAACAACAACUCAGACCCGGCGCAGGUCAACCAAUCGCGCCAGACUACUCAGAUUGCCUACGAGCAUGAAACUAACCAGGUUCCGCCGACUUGUCGACCGCCAGCGUGCAAUAAUGCCCUCGCGCCGUCCUCGCAAGCCUUGCGCAUCCCUCACGAGCUAGGUCUUAGUGCGAAGGAACAAAACCUAGUGCUUACAGCGAAGAGAUACCCGCCUGUCACCAAAGGCACGCUGAGCGAGCUCGAUUUACCCUGUAUCAUGAGCAAUAUCAAUCUCCGCAUGGAUGCUAAUUUCGACCGCGACCUCCACUUCAAACCGGAUCUAGACGGCGAAAAGGGCCGGCGAAAAAGGAAAGAAGCUACCGACUAUUGGGAAGCCAUGGCGACCGAGAUUACCAUCUACGCGUUCUGUGCCGCUCAUCAGUCGGACACGACCUGUGAUGAUAUGUGUAUGGACCAGCAUCAAACCUUCGAGCCCCGGCUACCGGGCAUGUUUGAUACCUUGCAGGAUGUCCUCAAAACCCUCGUCCCGGAGCGAGACCACCCUAGUGUCGUGCAAAAUCUUGAGGUGCCCUUGCUGAUGCAGCAGAUUCAAAAGGGGGUCCUUGAUAUGGUAGGCGUGGCAACUUGGCUUGCGGCGCUGCUCAAGACUCAUUGCGCCCCAAUGCGCGAUGAGUGGGCAGAUCGUAUGGUCGAGCAAAUCAGUUUAGGUUCCCGAUCACAGAAUUCCUUUGAGAUUGUCCGCGGACUUCAAACACUUUUUGCGAUCCUGGAGGCGAUGAAACUGGACGUUGCAAACCACCAGAUUCGCGCAUUCCGAGUGCUACUUAUAGAAGACACUAUUCCGUUUCUGCAAGAGUACUUCCGAGGAAAGAUUGAGAGGGAUAACUUCCGCGUGGAGUCGUCACGACACUGGUACCAAGACCUACGUGAGCGAGAACUAAGUAAAGUGGAAAAUCCGGCGCAGCCAGACAGCUUCUGGCCCCUUUCGAUCUUGUUUAGUGGUCUAUCCGAUCUCCUGCUCCAAUUCCAUAGUCCCGAGGGAUUCCCGGAAACGUUCAUCUUCGACUCCGACCGCCUGUGGCAACUGCGGGCGUGUCUCCAGAAUCUUAUUAACCUUGAUAUCUGUUGGAAGAUCCUUUGGCGUGACGUUAUUCCGCAGAAACAAUAUCUCUUAGCUCAUCCACAGGCAUACGCGACUUUCCGCUCUCGAAUCGGGCCUUUGAUGGAUGACAACGAGGACUGCGCUCGAGGGUCGACUCAGUGGUCGACAAAUGUACGGUGUAUCGCAUUAGAAAUUGCGAGGUUUGCGUGUGUGGUAUGCUGCUAUGACGCUAUGGUCUCAGACAGCCUCAUUAGAAACAUCGAAAGGAAGCUGGAUUCGGAAUUGUCGAGCCAGGGCGACUACUUUCAAGAAUUCCAGGGUUACUGGCGUGAGAGGUUACUGUCGGCCACCAUGAUUUCUGCCAAAAAGUACCUGAAUAUGUCACCAUUGGCUAUCUGCGAGUCUCAACGAAGCCAUGUCCACUCGCCAGUAUCACAGCAACAUUAUGACAUUCAGCGGAUAUCCAUGCGGCUCGCCCACAUGGGUGUCCUCCACUGGAGAGUCUGGGCACCCAUCCUCUAUGUGCGCGAAAGUGUACUGCCAACCGACACUACAACAGGUAUCCGGUCCGCCGGUCCCAAAGCCCCCCUCAUCAAGCGACUAGAGACCGAGCUCGCCCAAUGCGAGCUCCCAUCUCAUCAAUCCAACCCAUCCAAACACCUUAGCAUCCUCAGCAUCGACAUGGGCAUCCGCAACCUAGCAUUCGCCCAUCUCCUAGUCCCUUGUCCUAGUCCCAGUCUCGUACCCCAGGGAACCAUUAACUCAGAGACAAGGAUCUCCCCAGCACCAACACCAACCCUAAACGCCUGGCGCAGAUUAGCCGUCUCAGACCUACAUGAUCAUGAUGGUCCCAGCUCUGGGUCAAACCUCAAGCUCGAAACCCAGUCAUCAAAGGAUGAAGAUCAAGAUAAAGAAACCUUCCACCCUCCCUUCUACGCCCACCAGGCUUAUACGCUCAUCACGACACUACUGGCCAAGUACCAGCCCACGCAUGUCCUGAUCGAGCGCCAGCGAUUCCGGUCAGGGGGUGGGAGCGCGGUUCAGGAGUGGACGUUGCGGGUCGGGGUUUUUGAGGGGAUGUUGUAUGCUGUUUUGUAUGCGUUAGGGCGGGAGAGGGUAUGGGAUUGUGGCUCUGGUAGUGCUGCGCCGGUGGUGCUGGGCGUGGAGCCGCAGCGUGUGGCGAGGUAUUGGAGGGAGGUACUUGCCUUGGAGGGUGGACGUGUUGUAAAGGAGAAGGGGAAGGGAAGGGCUUCUUCGCGGGAGGGGAAGAAGGUGAAGAUUGAUUUGGUGGGGGCGUGGUUGGAUUGUGCGCUUGGGGAUGCUGGACGGGGGCAUUUGAAGGUUGCUGUUGGGGGGGAAGGGAAGAGGGAGGAGGUACGGGAGUUGGUUGAUGCUUAUUUGGGGAAGUGGAAGGGGAAGAAGAGAGCGAGGAGGGGUAAGGGGGAGGACGAGGGUGCUGGGGGUGAUAUUGAUAUUGGGAAGUUGGAUGAUUUGGCGGACUGUUUGGUACAAGGCGUGACGUGGUUAGAUUGGCAUGUUAUGCGGGAUCGGCUCUUGCGGGAGGGUGUCCAUGCUUUGGAGAUGGAGUAGUGGUUUAAUGGUGGAUCUCUUAUAUUCCGUGUAUAUAAUAUAUAUUGUGGGGAUCAUUAGUGUACUAUAUUGGCAGGCUAUUGGAUGUUUAUCUAGGCAGGGAGCGCUCAAUUCUUUCUCUACAACUAAUAAGGGUGUAAUAUGAUACUACACAACUACUAGGGGGAAUUACUGACCUCUCUACACCGGUACCUAUGUGCGAGCGCAAGUGGACAUAACCCAAGCAUGUGGAUUCCUGUGAUAGAUGAGAUAAAAAUCCAAGUACAAUUCGCUCUCGUAUCCAUAUCAUCGAGAUCAUCAUAUUUCUGGCGUAAAAGAUCGGAGACAUCUUACUCCCGGAGUCGGCCAAGGACGUUUUGUACAAGUCCAACUCCUGGAAAAGACUUCCCCCUUUCCCACUGCUGUCCCCAUCUCCCGUUUGAUCGUAAGCUGGCCGUUCCGAUAUACAAUGAUUUCACAAAAAGAAUUUUGCACCACGAGAGGAGACAGAAGGUAGAAAGAAGAAAGCUUUGUUGGUUAAAAGGAGGAUCUGACCGAUCCCGAUUGCAAGAAGCGAAGAACCACCGGUCAGGCUGCCCUGCCGGAUAGGCGAAGAAAGAUAGGUAAGAAUGUCUCUAAAAUCAAGUUUGUACCAGAAGUAAAAUAGCAUCUCUCUCAUCAGGUACAGUGCCAGCGUACGGUUCGCCACCAAAUGAAAUCUUAGUUACAAACGGUCAUA